GAAGGACUUUAUAGUAUUGUGAUUGACAUAUUAGGACCUAGUUUAGAGGAUUUAUUUGAUAUGUCUCACGUAAAUUAGUACAAACAGUAGCUAUGUUAGCUAAACAAAUGGUAAUAAUUCAUGACUCUAAUAGAUAUCAGAUAACUCGAAAUGCAAAUACGAUAUAUAUGAUGACUUUGGUAUGGAAUUAUACUGAUCCAAGACACAAAACAACAUAUUCAUAUCGUGAAGAAAGAGAAGAGCAAUCAAGACGUGAUGAUUUAGAAUCAUUAGGUCAUGUAUUUAUAAUUGGUGAAAAGAAGCAAACAACACAAGUAAAAGAUUUAUGUGAUGGAUUUCCAGAUGAAUUUGGACUCUAUUUACAAUAUACUAGGCAUCUAAAAUUUGAAGAAGAUCCAAAUUAUGAAUAUUUAAAAUGUUUAUUUGAUAAAGUAUUAGAGUCAUUAGGUGAAAAAGAUGAUGGUAUUUAUGACUGGAUGUUAUUAAAUGAUGGAAAAGGAUGGGAGGUAAUAAACGACA